UCGUUCAAACAGAGCUGGUCCCGCCCUGACUAAAGAUUUUCAUAAACGAAAUUUAAUAAUCUUUCAUUUUUUAAUAUUCGCCAUGAAGUCACUUUUGCUCUGGCUAUUGCUAGUCAUUCCUCUCGUCACGGAGAUCACUGCCAAGCAUCAUCACAAUCGAGGACUUGUGGUCAAUAAACUGCCGAUUACCCUGUACUACGAGGCUUUGUGUCCGUUUUGCAUGGAAUUUGUGACCAAACAACUAAAUCCAUCAAUGAUCCACAAGGAUCGGCUGGCUUACACAGACCUUACCUUCGUCCCCUAUGGCAACGCACAAACCAAUGCUGAUGGAAAUGUAACGUGCCAACAUGGUGUCGAUGAGUGUGAAUUGAAUGCCUGGCAUGGCUGCAUUUUGGAACAUCAUAAUCAAAAUGAAUCAUUGAAACUGAUAGCUUGCAUGAUGCGAGGUAAGAAGAAUAAACUGGAUAAUUGUUCGGAACGCUAUCAAAUUGAUGUCAGCGACGUGAAGGAAUGCAAGCAAAAUCGUAGUGUGAAUGAAAUUUUGGCCAAAUAUGCCCGAGAGUCAAGCAAGGUUCAAUAUAGAGGAGUUCCUGCCAUAACAGUGGACAAUAUCUUUGUUGAGGACGAUCAAGAUAAUCUUUAUGCAAAUUUCGAUGCUGUUUUCUGUGCCAAAUAUAAGGCUAAAUUUAAUAAAACUCUUCAAAACUGUUAAAUUUAA